AUGGACGAGCCCGCGCAGCAGCGCAUCACGUAUCUGCUGCAGGAGAUCGACGCGAACAUCUGCGCUGCCCACCGAUCGGCGACGCAGAUCUGCGCGACCGUGCGGCGACACCACCAGAUCCUGCGGCAAAUCCACGCGUCUUCGCGCGUCUGGCGGCCGCUCUUUGACUCGUUCACGCAGCCGCCCGCGGUCCGGCGCGUGACGCGCACCCCGUCGCGCUUCUCGAGACCGUUGACGCCCAUGUCAAGUGGCGACGACGCGGCAACACGACGAGAAGGUGGGACCGCGGACAGAGGAGGAGACGUCGACAACAUGGACGUCGAUAUGGACGACGACUGUGACGUGGACGAGUCGUCGUUCGUCAGUCGAGAGCAGACGUUCAAGACCACGACGCUCAAGAAGCUGAAGCCGCGUAGCAGUGACCGCCGCAACGUAUCGGCCGACGAGGACAGUCUGGACGCGAGUAUCAACAGCGACAACCUCCCGCGCAUGUCGCGGACGCCGUACAUGUCGAAAGCUGCGGUCCAAUCGACGGUCAAGACGCAGCAUUCGACGUCCACGUUGAACUCGAGCGAUCACGGCCGCUGGUCGCCGCGGAUGACGUCGCCGCCCCGGACAGGAGUCGUAUCGCGAGAGCAAAUGACGACAGCGACCGCGGGAGACCGAGUGAUUACGACACCGCCGUCGGCCAUUAGUAGCGUGGAAUGCCGCACGAGUCCCGGCAUCAGCCGAAAUCUCAUGAAGAUGGGGGCGUUCGAGUACACGCCACCGCGCGGGACAAGGGCGAGCGCCAUCGCAAACAGUGAAGCAAAGGAAGGAGGCGACUGGACGUCGGAUUCCAUUGAGACGCCCUCUUCGCCAGACUUUAGCACGGUCCGGCUGUCGAUUGCCGCUCGAGACGAGGGGCAAGUGACGGAGAAGGGGGCGAGUCCGUUGCGAUUACGGAGUUCACCGGCAAAAGAGGAUGUUGCGAGUCGAAAGCGGAGUCGAUCAUCGAGUGCUCGUAAGAAGGAGCGGACACCGGCCGUGUACCCAAAAACCCGCUAUCCUGCAAAAGCCACGUCUCCGUUCACGUCGCCGAGCUUGCGCAGGAAGUACAGCAGUAGAAGUAGUUUAUCGUCAGGAUAUCAAUCGACACACAUGGAGAGGCAGACGCCAGUCGCAGCAACGCCGCCGCGACAACGGGACGAGGCGUUCAUGGACGACGAUACGCCCAGUACACCCGAGUUCGAUCUGGCCUCGCCGCUGUUGCGAACGCAGCUGAAGGCCAUGACACCCAACACUCCACUGUCGAAUCGUCUGGUCGGCGCGAGCUUUGACGUCGGCAGUGUGUCGCAAGAGACGCGGCUGCACGACUACGACGACUCAGUCAGCGCCGGGGAGCCGACUCCAAAGUUCGAGCUGUCAUUGCUGCCAGCAGCGUUUCAGCGAGGGAUUGGUGCCGUGCAGGUGUCGACAUUGUACAGUAAAUUUCAAGGCGCGGAUGAUGAUACGCCUGCAAUUAGCGUUGACCACCUUAUGGAUAUGCUGCCAGACUACGGGAAAGAAAAGAUUGAGAUCCUGGUGGAUACGCUGGUGUCGAGGCGGCUACUGCGGCCGUUUGUCGUGGAAGGCACGAUGUUUUGGCAGAAGGCGACAUGA